UAUAAUUUUAAAGAAAAACAAGAAUGGCCAUGUUCAAUGUUCUAAAACCAUUGCAAAAUGUAUCUCUACUUUUUACUAAAGAACAACUAUCGGAUAUUAUAGCUUGGUUCGACAGCAAUUCGAAACCUUACAUUAUUGAGGACGAAGAGCCUGUUAAUGUAAUAACUGUUGAAAAAUUAAUACAGUUUCUGGAUUUAAAAAAGUAUCACAGACGAAGUUUUCAUUAUCCGAGCUAUGCAGAAAUUAUGAAUAUGAUUGAAAAGCUUAAAGCUGGCACGACAAGAGUUAUAACUAAGGAUCAAUUUAUUUACGUUUUAAAUAAAUGGAUUUUGAUGCCAGACAUUAAACAUGAGCUAAAACUGGCUUUUAAGGUAUUUGACAGUGAAAAACGCAACUUUUUAGAAAUUGAUGAAAUGAAAGUUAUAGUUACGAGAUACGCAGAUGUCUUUAAUGAAAAUGAAACACGGGAACUGUUACGUGAUGCAAACGUUCGGGGUGAUGGUAAUGUUUUCUAUGAAGAUUUCGUUGAAAGUUUAUUUAGUGUCGCUCCUGAACUUUAUCAAACAAAGGCUGAAUAUUUAUAUGAAAAUCCUGACGAAGAUCCCACAUUUUUUUUUGAACCUGUUAUUGAAGAUAAAUCACCGACUCCACCAACUACGCAAGUAGAGGUGAAAAAACCCUCAAAGAAGGCAAAGAAAAAAUAAAUUUAUUAUAAUUAUUUAUACCCCAAUUGCAAUGUUUUUUAAAGAAUGUAAAUUAAGACAAAAGCUUAAACAAACGUGUAUAUUUAUUUACAAAAACAUAAAUGUAUAUUAAAUUAUUUAAAUUCCA